GGGAUAUUGUCCAUGUCACCAAAAUAAAAGAUCUCACUGUUGUGUUGUUUACUUGUUUGUUGUCAUUUUAGCCAGCUGGGCAAGAAAAUCAUAUUUAAUUUUUAGUUAUUAAUUAGGAAAGAAAUCCUCUCAGAGAGAUACUAAUGGGGUGAUGGAUAAACAUGAAAGUGGACAGAUAUGUGAAGGAGAUUUUUUGAGUGUACAAGUUGUGCCACAGGGAGAACAAACUCAAUAACUAGAUUUUCAUGUGAGGGAGAAAAAUGUUGAGGUUUAGAUGGACAAGAACUUCAAGGAUAGUUGCCUUGUGCAGCUUCGCAAAUUUCAUCAACAGUGCAGACAGAGUUAUAAUGCCAAUUGCUAUUGUACCAAUGACAGAUAUUUUCAACUGGAGCUUACACUCCCAGGGAUGGAUACAUUCUGCAUUUGCCUUUGGGUAUUUUACUAGUCAGAUUUUAGGUAGUUUUUGGGCCACAAAGUUAGGAGCAAAAAAGGUGUUGAUAUGCAGUGUACUCUUGUGGAGCAUUGCAACAUUCAUCACCCCAUUUCUAGCAAGUAAUAUAACAGCCCUUGUGAUCUGUAGAAUAAUUCUUGGUUUUGCUGAAGGUCUAGGUUUACCCACAAUAUUCCACCUGUUUGCCAACAGCAUUCCCUUGGAAGAGCGGUCCAGAGCAUUUUCCUAUCUUUUGGCUUCUGGUUCUGUGGGGCAAACAGUUGCCUCAGUCCUCUGCCCACAUCUGUCUUGGGAAGCUUGUUUCUACUGGUUUGGCUCCUUUGGACUUCUCUGGGUGCUCUUGUGGUACUGUUUUUACCCUGAUGAUGGCUACAAUGAUGACACCCUGCCUUUGCUGAUGCCAAAAGUCAUCUCCCACAGCAUAUGCUGGGCUGAUUUCAUCUUCAGUAAGCCUCUGUGGGCCAUAUACACUGCUCAUUUCGCCAUGAACUGGUCUUCCUAUAUCAUAAUGCAGUGGUUACCCACUUAUUUGUCCAGCUAUUUGGGUGGCAAUGCUCAUAGUUUGAGUUUAACUGCUGUGCCCUACAUUGUGAACUCCAUUUUCGGGGUUAUAAGUGGGCAUGUGGCCGAUGGGCUGUUGAGCAACAAGAGCUGGUCAGUUUUGAAUGUGAGGAGGCUGAUGACUUGCAUAGGGCUGGUGGGACCAGCCCUUUUCCUGGCGAUUUUCUGUGUGGUGGAUCAUUUGGCCUUUGCCUUGAUUCUUGUUAGUAUAUCUUUGGGAUUGUCGGCUAGCAACUCUGCUGGGCAUUUGAGUAAUCAUGUGGAUGUGGCUCCCAAUCAUGCUGGAACUACUUUUGCUAUCAGUAAUACCAUUGCCACCAUUCCUGGUAUUUUGUGUGGGCCGGUGACGGCUAGUUUGGUUACUUAUUCUGAUGGGAAGUGGAUGUCUGUCUUUUUGGGUGCUACCUUUAUAAAUUUGGCGGGGGCGUUCAUCUAUUUCACCAAUAGUGUUGCUACACAAGUUUUGUGAGCAGACUAGUCACCCUGUAGAUCUUGAAAGGAACUUUGGAUACAAAAUAAUUAUUGGAUUCAAUUAUUUCAUUCUCUACCUCAAAAAAUUUCGUGAAUAGAGCUGUCAUCAUAAUAUUUUUUGAUAAUGCCAAACAUUUAAAGCUGAAUAUUGCUUUGCAGUACUAUUAAUAGUCUAAGAUCCGACUGCAAGAUUAUUAUUUUCAUCAAGUAUUUAUUAUAAAUCUAAUUUUAACAUUAAUAUACAUGAUUGAGAGAAUAUAUCUUUACCAGCUUUCCUAUAGAAAUGUGGUCACAAGUAUUUUUGAUUAAAUUAAUAGAGCACAUUAUUCGCGAGAUUCACGAAGUGGGCGACAUC